AUGAAACUGGGAAGCAAAGAAAUAAGGAUUAUAUCCUUGCUGCUGCUGGAUACAGUGUUUUUCGUGAUAGAGAUAACCACUGGGUACUUAUCCCACUCUCUGGCCCUAAUUGCAGACUCAUUCCAUAUGCUAAACGAUAUAAUUUCUCUUGUGGUUGCACUUUGGGCCGUAAAUGUUGCCAAAAACAGAAAUCCGGAUUCAACGUAUACUUAUGGUUGGAAAAGAGCUGAGAUUUUGGGUGCUUUAAUUAACGCCGUCUUUCUAAUCGCCUUAUGCGUCUCAAUUCUGAUUGAGGCACUACAGAGAAUUAUUGCUCCCCCUGUAAUUGAAAAUCCUAAGUUUGUCUUAUAUGUGGGCAUCGCAGGGUUGAUAUCGAACACCGUUGGACUUUUCUUAUUCCACGACAAUGAUCAAGAGCAUGGACAUGGACACGGACAUUCCCAUGGGGGCAUCUUUGCCGACGACGGGAUCCAUAUGCCAUCACCUCACACGCACACACAUGCUCAUGUUGACGAAACAGGGAACGCUACACCAAUGGAUAGUACUGAUAACAUUGAUGAGAUUAUGCCUAAUGCUGUAGUGAAUAGUUUCAUGAACGAAAACACUAGACUGCUGACACCGGAGAAUACGUCCAAGACGCCAUCAUACUCAACAUCUAGCCAUACUAUUGCCAGCGGCGGCAAUGAUACAGAAUACAAUAAGGGCAGGAGAUCUUUAAAUAUGCAUGGUGUGUUUCUUCACGUUUUGGGUGAUGCUCUUGGUAACAUUGGGGUUAUGUUGUCAGCAUUUUUCAUUUGGAAGACCGACUACUCUUGGAAGUAUUAUACAGAUCCGCUUGUCUCAUUGGUAAUCACAGGUAUAAUAUUUUCCUCUGCGCUUCCUCUAUCGUGCAAGGCUUCCAAAAUCUUGUUGCAAGCGACGCCUUCGGCUUUAUCCGGUGAUCAAGUUGAAAGAGAUCUUUUGCAGAUACCAGGAAUCAUAGCUAUUCAUGACUUCCAUAUUUGGAAUUUAACAGAGUCCAUUUUCAUUGCAUCUUUGCAUAUUCAACUAGAUAUCAGCCCGGACCAAUUUACUGAACUGGCCAAAACUGUUAGAUCAAAGCUUCACCGCUAUGGUAUUCACUCCGCUACUUUGCAGCCGGAGUUUAUUGACAGAGGGAUCACGUCGACCGAAAGAGCGGGAGGGUCCCAAGAUGCUCAUCCACAAAAUGAUUCCCUUUCGUUAAGACCGACGACAUGCGGUACUGGCGUUUCGGAAUCCACUUGUCUCAUCGACGAUGCUGCCAAUUGCAAUACCGCCGAUUGCUUAGAGGAUCAUUGA